GUUCUAUAUAUAUGUGUAAAAUUAAAAUCAUAAAAAAUGCAGACCAUAGAAGUUUUUUUAAAUUCCACUCUGUGGAACACCGACCUGUGGAACAUUUCUUUAUCGAUGGAGAAUUACACUUACCACAAUAACACGAAUAUCACGGAUCUACAAUUGAGAAAUCAGUUCAUACUUCCAUGGUGGAGACAAAUGAUAUGGACGUUAUUGUUCGCCGGUAUGAUCAUAGUUGCAACCGGUGGUAAUCUGAUAGUGAUUUGGAUAGUAAUGGCCCACAAACGGAUGCGCACAGUCACUAAUUAUUUUUUGGUAAACUUGAGCAUCGCGGAUGCCAUGGUAUCCACGUUGAACGUCACAUUCAAUUACGUCUACAUGUUGAACAGCCAUUGGCCUUUUGGCACGCUUUACUGCAAGAUUUGCCAGUUCAUCGCUGUCCUCACCAUAUGCGCCAGCGUCUUCACAUUAAUGGCGAUUUCCAUCGACAGAUACAUGGCCAUAAUGAACCCUUUGAGGCCGCGCAUGGGUAAAAGGGCCACGAUUUGCAUAGCCAUCGUGAUCUGGAUCGUGGGGGCCGUCUUGUCGCUGCCGAUGCUACUCUUCUACAGGACGUACACCCAAAAUUUCGUGAAUGGCGAAGUACGGGUUGUCUGCUACGGCGAUUUCCCGAACAGGGACGACAACGGUCUCAGUUACGACGAAUACCUGUACAACGUGAUCUUCAUGGUGUUGACGUACAUUUUACCAAUUGGAUCGAUGACAUUCACGUACGCAAGAAUCGGUUUGGAAUUAUGGGGCUCGCAAAGCAUCGGCGAAAAUACUGCGGGCCAAUUGGAGGGUAUAAGGAGCAAACGAAGGGUGGUAAAAAUGAUGAUCGUGGUGGUACUAAUAUUUGCGAUAUGCUGGUUACCUUUUCACGUAUACUUCAUCAUAACGUCGUAUUUUCCGGAGGUUACGAAUGAAUCGUAUAUCCAAGAAGUUUUCUUGGGUAUUUACUGGCUUGCGAUGUCUAACAGCAUGUAUAAUCCCAUAAUCUACUGUUGGAUGAAUUCCAGAUUUCGACGCGGAUUCGCCCAUUUUUUCUCCUGGUGCCCUAUGGUAAAAGUUCCGCCCGAGCCUUCGUUAUCACGAUCGGAGGCGUUAACGUCGCGAUACAGUUGCACAGGAAGUCCUCAAACGAACACAAGGAUAUCACGGAACGGUACGCCGCGAAUACAUAUGUGUCUACGAUCGAGAGGAGGAAACGAUCGAUUUUUGGCUGAGCAUCGAGGAAGGAAAUGGAAAACCUCGCAAACUAUGGGUCACGUGUCUUGACAGGAAGAAGAAAACGCUCAGCAACGAGUACAUACCUGGAUAUAAGAGUACAUAUCCAUAAAAAGUCGACCUCUUCAAGAUUCAUCGCGAAUGAAAUAGAGAGAGAUUGAGAGGAGCCGUUAAAUUCUAGAUCUUCUUUUACGCACGCAGACCUGUUAUGAUCAGAUCAGAUCAGACCAGAAAGCUCAAAUAAUUGUUCACUAUGUUCAAUAGAAACGUUAACUAUCCGCUACUAGAAUAAAUAUUUCCGUUUCGAUGUAAACGACGCUGAAUCGAACUUCAACACGACGAUGAAAAUCAAAGGAUUCAUAAAAAAAAAUGAU